GUCCUAUAAAGAUUUUUUUUUGGUACAUGUCAGACAAAGUGGAGGAUCCUGAUGGUCAGAAAGAUAUAAAAAGAUGCAUUCAUCGCCUGAACAUUCACAAGAUUCUGAGCGUAUACGGUGAAUCUGAUCCUCUGAGCUGGACGUCUGAAGCGAUGAUGACUAACAUGAUUGUGUUGCUGUGUUUGUCUGCUCUGUUUCCCGUCUUAAUGUGCGCUGAAGAGGUCAAAUCAGAUUUUCUUUAUGUCAAAGACUGCUCUGAUAUUUAUGCGAGUGGAUAUAGCACCAGUGGUGUGUACACCAUCACCACAGCAGAUGGACCGGUGCAGGUCUACUGUGAUGUGGAGGCUGUCGAAAAAAUUGAAACGGGACACUGGCUGGUGUUUCUCAGGCGAAUGGACGGCGAGGUGAAUUUCUUUAGGCGAUGGGAGAGUUAUAAGACGGGUUUCGGUAAUAAAACAGGCGAACACUGGCUAGGUUUAGAGCUUCUUCAUCAGCUGACGCGUAAGGAUCAGUAUAAACUCAGAGUAGAUUUGGAGGACUUUGAUGGGAAUAAGGCUUACGCUGUGUACAAGUCUUUCUCUGUGGGCUCUGAGUCUGAAGGGUACAAACUGCAAGUGAGCGGCUUCGUCAACGGAGGAGCAGGUGACUCUUUAUAUUAUCACAAUGGGAUGAAGUUCUCUACCUAUGACAACGAUCAAGAUAAUUCAGGGAGCAAUUGUGCUAUGAUAUAUUUUGGAGGAGGGUUUUGGUACAACAAAUGUUAUUACACAAACCCCACUGGGCACUAUUUGUGGGAGAAUGAUGGGACAUUAAUGGACACUGGAGCCACCUGGUACUAUUGGAAGAACAGCUGGAAUCCUCUGAAGUCCAUCACCAUGAAGAUCAAACGUGUGAAGUAGAGCUGGGCUUACAAACGCUUCACUGCAGCUUUUUGUGCACAUCCACAGCUUCAUGCAUAUAUCUUAAAAUAUGGUGACAAACAAGUCCAUUUUUAUGAUGAAAAUUGUUUCAAAACGUGAAGAAAUUUUUAAUAUGAAACAAUUUCACUCAUAUUCUCUUGAAUUAAAAAAUAUAUAUAAAAAAUAAUUUGGCAGGUGCCUGAAAAAUCCUUUGCCCUUUAAAAAAAAAAAAAAAACUGUGUUGAAAUUCCAGGACUUGACUUGAUGAUGUUUAGGGUUAUAUUUAUGCAGAAUUAUUAAAAACUAUCAAGUGUUCACAAACUUUUAAAGCAGCACUGUAUGUUAUAUAAUUUAUACUACCAUUAUUUCAUAGCAUUAUGCAAUGUUAUAUACAAUUUUGUAGAAUGUUGUAAGAAAUGAAUCUUUUAAUCACAUCACGCUGGACAUUUCAGUGUUUUAGAAACACAAAAACUAAAUUUGUCACCUGGAAUGUUGCCAGAGAGAUAUUUUGCUUGCAGGACCGUUUUUAAACAUCCACACCAGACUCAGUCAAAGAUGUCUAUGUUUCUUUGUUCACAGGUAUAUUGUCUGAUUCUCUGUUCGCCAUUGCAUUUGUAAGACUGCCAGCAGUAACAUUAAUAGAAAGGGGUGUCCACAUAGUUUUAGCCAAAUUUUGAAAUGAAUGAUGCCAGUAAAUGUACAAAUACACAGAUAAGACAAUGACAGAACUGGGUCUUAAACUCGACCUUAUUUCACUCUUGCACAGGUUUAGGAGUCUGGUCUGGGCUGCUUUUCCUUAAAGCAUGGUAAGCCUUAAUUCAGGUUUCAGUGAGACUAUGAUGUACUUAAGGUUACAAUGCUUUUGGGAAAUGCAGCCCUGAUCUGCUGUGUUACUGUUAAAUAGACCUGACACAUUUCAGUAGCUAAUUCAUGAGUGAGGUUCACCUAGUGUUGCUUGGACAUUAGAUCAAUAUGUCAACAUUUCAUGACACUGGAAGAAUUUCAACACAUCUGUUGUGAAAAAGUGCAGUCACCGUUGUGCUUCAAGUUCAUCAUGCCAGCGAUCUAGCGAUAGCAAGACUAUCUUGAUCAUUUUUCAGAGAGUCGUUUUUCAAGUUGUCACAGAAGAAGAAGGUUAAUUUUGCUCAAAUCCCUGGCAUCUUUAGAAAACUUUAGUUAUUAAUGUGUAAAAUUAAAUUCACUUACAUUUUUGAGAGGAAAACAUUUUGUGGGUGAAAUCCUGUCGUUUCAAAAGGCAUCAGUAGGUUUGGCAGUUUCUCUUUUCCCAGCUCAUGGCUUUUUUUUCACUGUGAUUGUUCUGUAAUUAAUUAUAUUGAACAUUUUAUAAUAUGCAUGGCAUGGGGGUCUUUAUCUUAUUUUCUCUUUAAAUAAAAUGCAAUGGGAGCUGCUGUUGCUAUAGUACAGAAUAAAACUUAAUACUCAUCACA